CUCGGUUCGGAGAGCGCUGACGUAACAGCUCCCAACACCCCGCAGGUCUGGCGAGGGGCUGGAUAAUGGAUUCAAUUUUGUCAUGAUCAGGUCUCCUUCGCCCAUUGCUCUUUUUGCCAUUGAUCCUGCGCGUUAGUCGAGCAAGCCAAGUACGGCACCGCUGCCUUUGAUAUGAAGCAGAGACUCUCUAGCCUGGAUGUGCGGGCGAUUGCCCAUGAGCUCCAGCAGAGCCUGGUCACUCUGCGCCUCUCCAACAUCUACGACCUCAGUUCCAAGAUCUUCCUCCUGCGCUUUGCGAAGCCCGACCUCAAGAAGCAGCUCAUCAUCGACUCGGGCUUCCGUUGCCACCUGACCGACUUCUCGCGCCCGACCGCCCCGGCCCCGAGCCAGUUCGUCGCCCGCGUACGCAAGUUCCUGAGGACCCGCCGCUGCACCGCCGUCUCGCAGGUCGGCACCGACCGCAUCAUCGAGCUGCAGUUUAGCGACGGCAGCCUCCGCCUGUUCUUCGAGUUCUUCGCCUCGGGCAACAUCAUCCUCACCGAUGCCAAUCUCAACAUCCUGGCGCUGCUGCGCAACGUCAAGGAGGGCGAGGGCCAGGAGCCCCAGCGCGUGGGGCUGGCGUACUCCCUCGACAACCGCCUGAACUUUGGCGGCGUGCCCGCCUUCACUAAAGAGCGCCUCCGCGAUGCUCUGGAGACGACCGUGAAGAGGGCUGCCGCCGCCGCCGCCGCCGCUCCCAAGAAGGGAAAGAAGGCUGGUGGUGACCUGAGGAGGGGCCUGGCGACGACAAUCUCCGAGCUGCCCCCUAUACUCGUGGACCAUGCCUUCAAGGAAAACAACUUUGAUCCCAAAGCAAAGCCCGCAGACAUAUUAGAGGACGAAGGUGUUUUUGACGCCCUGUUUACAGCGCUCGAGCGGGCGAGGGGCAUCAUAGACGACAUUACAAGCUCGGACACGGUCAAGGGUUACAUCGUAGCAAGGAACCCCGAUGUGGCCGAUGCUGGGGCUGCCGCGGAAGGCGCGGUGGUUAAGCCAUUUGCGCCAGAAUUGAGUAAAGGACUGCUGUACGAGGACUUUAGCCCUUUCCUGCCGCAGCAGUUUGCCGGCGACCCAUCAAAUGUCGUGCUCACGUUUGAGGGCUUCAACAAAACCGUGGACGAGUUUUUCUCAUCACUCGAGGGCCAGAAGCUCGAGUCGCGUCUGACUGAGCGGGAGGCUGGGGCGAAGCGCAAGCUUGAUGCCGCAAAGCGGGAGCACGAGAAGAGGAUAGAAGGCCUCCAGGAAUACCAGCUGCUGAACCUUCGCAAGGCCGCUGCCAUCGAGGCCAACGUUGAGAGGGUGCAGGAGGCCAUGGACGCCGUCAUCGGCCUCCUCGAGCAAGGAAUGGACUGGGUCGAUGUUGGAAAGCUGGUCGAGCGUGAGCAGAAACGCCACAACCCUGUUGCCGAGAUUAUUGAGCUUCCCAUGGACCUUGCCAACAACACCAUCACGCUCGUGAUUGCCGAACAGGACGACGUCGAUGAUGAUUCGGAAGAUGGCUACGAGACUGAGUCGUCUGCUUCCGACGACGACGACGAUGCUGCUGCUGUGCAGACGGGCAAGGCCAAGACCCUCGAGGUGGACAUCAAGCUCAGUCUCACCCCAUGGGGCAACGCUGGCGAAUACUACGAUCAGAAACGCAGCGCCGCGGUCAAGCAGGAGAAGACGGUGCAGCAGUCUUCGAUUGCGCUGAAGAGUGCCCAGGAGAAGAUUGCCAAGGAUCUUCAGAAGGGACUCAAGAAGGAGAAGCCCGUCAUGCAGCUUGCCCGGCGUCAGAUGUGGUUCGAGAAGUUUCACUGGUUCAUAUCGUCUGACGGCUACCUUGUUCUCGGCGGCCGUGAUGCGCAGCAAAACGAGAUUUUGUACCGGCGCUAUCUCAAACGCGGCGAUGUCUACGUGCACGCUGACCUGCACGGUGCGCCGAGCGUCAUCAUCAAGAACAACCCGCGCACGCCCGACGCGCCUGUGCCUCCGUCCACUCUGUCACAGGCGGGCCAGCUCGCAGUCUGCGCGUCGAGCGCCUGGGAGUCCAAGGCUGGCAUGGGGGCGUACUGGGUGGGGGCAGACCAGGUGUCCAAGUCCGCGCCGACGGGUGAGUUCCUGCCGACGGGCAGUUUCAUGGUGCGGGGCAAGCGGAACGAGCUGCCGCCGGCGCCGUUGAUCGUCGGGUUUGGUGUCAUGUUCCGCAUAAGCGACGAGAGCAAGGCCAAACAUACAAGGCACCGUGUUUACGAGUCUGCGGAAGGCGAGCCCUCGACUGCCCCCAAGCCAUCGCCUGGGACGGAGGCGGCGGCGGAUGAUGAUAUAAGUCCACAGGACGCAGUUGGGGUGGGUUCUGAAAGUGACUCGGAUUCUGAAGAUAAGGAUGACGGUGUCGGCUCGACAAGGGCAAAUCCGCUACAGUCAGGCACCGGCAAUGACGAAGAUGUGGAUGAGAAGAGUGACGACGAAGAGACCGCGCCACCUGCUGGACACAUGGCUGAGCUGCAGGUCUCUUCCAAGCCCGACACGAAGGAGGCGGAUGCAUCUCAAGGUCAGGCUGGGGAUGGCGAUGGUGAUGACGAUGGCGCGGCAGAGAAUGGAGAUCAAAGUGACGACAAUGAGACAGAGUCUGUACUAAACACGCCCGCAUCAUCAGUCGCCCCGCCCGCGCAGCAGAAAAAAGGCCCUUUAAAGCGAGGUCAGCGCACCAAGGCCAAGAAGAUCGCAGCCAAAUACAAGCACCAGGACGACGAGGACCGGGCGGCCGCUGAGGCGCUUCUCGGUUCCGCUGCGGGCAGGCUCAAGCGCGAGGCUGAGGCUAAGGCUAAAGCGGAGGAGGAAGCCGCUCUAGCAGCCGCUCGCGAGCGCCGGAAGGAGCAGCUUAAACGGCAGCAACAGGCGACGGCAGCGCACGAGGAGGCGAGGCGGCGGCAAAUGGAGGAGGCCGGCGGCGACGGUGAGGACGGCGAUGGAGACGCUGACGGCGGCGGCGGCGGAGGGCCGACGGAGCUCUCUACGCUCGACUCGCUGGUGGGCACGCCGCAGGCGGGUGACGAGAUCCUCGAGGUGAUACCCAUCUGCGCGCCGUACGCGGCCAUGGCCCGGGUCAAGUACAAGGCCAAGCUGCAGCCCGGGAUGCAGAAGAAGGGCAAGGCGCUCAAGGAGAUCAUCGAGAGCUGGAAGGCGGCUUCGGGCAAGAAGGGCGUCGUGGACGAAAACGCGCGCGACCCGGAGCGCAUGUGGCCGCGCGAGGUCGAGCUAAUCAAGGCCAUCAAGCCCGAGGAGGCCAACAACUGCGUGCCGGUCGGCAAGGUCAAGGUCAUGAUGUCGGGAGGCGCGGGCGGCGGGAAGGGAGGUGGCGGUGGCGGUGGCGGUGGCGGGAAGGGUGGGAAGGGGAGUAAGAAGAGGUGAAGGGGGUACUGUUGGUGAAUGGUCAUUCUGGGUAGUCCUGGACUCACGUUGUUUGCAUAAAGCCAGUCUCUCAAGGGUUGAUGGCUUGAGCGGUCACUGAAUCGACAUAAAGGUAUAUCUGAAACGGCUUUCACAGGCAUCUAUCUACUUGAUGAUCAGCGUCUUAUGGGCUAACACAGCAGGAGGUUGACAUGAGCAUUGAUGUGAUCGAUAAACCCUACCUGGAGAGUCCAGCCAAGGCGCACUAGAAAGAAAAACAAAUCAGACGCUGCGAUUCGUAUGCUGGAUCAUCACAUAUGUGUGCUCAGAUCUUCAUGGUGAAGCUGAGCUCAAGCGUGAAGUCCCGAGACCUGCCGCCGUCCGUCACGAAAAUCCGCCCGUGCCCUCGUAAACCGUCAGCGUCCCGACCGCCUCGGCCGUUUUCUUCACCGGCGAUGGGCGCGCGCCGCAUCUCGGUACCAGUAUGGCUGAUAGCGAGCGGCCCGCAGCCGCAGCCCGAUGCCGCCGCCGCCGUCAGCAUCUGUGACUGACGACGCCACCCCCCCCUCCGCUUGCGAGGCACCGGGCCGCGGGCCUUGGGCCCUCAGUAGCCCCGCGAACUAUGGUGGCGUCGUGUCGCCGGCCAGCGGCACGUGGAAAGCGCCCUUGCAGCCAGGGGAGGGGGUCGCACCCGUUGACGGCGUACUUGAUCUUGGCGGUGGGCAUGUCGCAAAGGCGGAUGGUGGCUUGUUCAGCAAUAGGCACGCCGUGAGGACUGCGUGGCGACCUGGCAGCCCCUAGGAGUAGGAGCAGCCUUGAAGGUUCAUCAUUGAUGUCGCUCUUGAUAUUCAUCUCUCGGAGUUGUUUCCCCAUAUUGCCCUCUGUCCUUGCCAAGUCCUUUUGGACGUUGUGGGGGACUCGGUAUGCCGGACUGUAUCUACUUGGGUAUGUGUGUACUACGGCUCACGGGAGGUACGUAUCGGCGAUCACGUAGAAGAGACUGACGGCCUUUCUGGAGCGCCAUGUGUAUCAGUAAAGAAUGUUAAUGUCACGGCGUGGAGGGGAGGGGAGUACAUGUACACAUACAUGGUGGCAGAAAGCGCCCAAUGAGGGACUGUGUGUGUGGGCUUGCUCUGGCGGGUAGUUUAUUCUCGAAGACCUGUUUUGACGAGGACACUAGUUUAGUUCGAGCAACGCGGCGAAAGGGCUGCGAUGUCCCUCCCCCA